AUGGCUCUGCCCGGCGCGUACUUGGAAGCGUUUACGGCAGAGGAAAUCAGUUUCCAAGCAGAAGAUGAACUGAUCACAAUAAUCCCAAGACGGCAUAUUCAAGAAAUGCAAUUAGCGGGCUGGAAACUGCCGGCUCUCCGCCCAAUGCGUCGAACAGACGUGCCGUUGUGGCUCGCUCUUUUACUGAAAAAGCAAGAUCGUUGUUCGAUCGUUUUCCCAAACUGGAUGGACGAGGCUGUUCUCAAAGACUUUGUAGAAAAAGAACGCGUAGAGCCUGGGUUCUCAUCCUUGCCAUGGUUUUGGCAACCUCAAUCAGCCGCCCUGCUGGCAGGAGCAUCUGACGAUUACACGGGAAAUCUGGACAACAUUCGACAAUUGUUACAGGACCUCCGUGAGAUCCGUCAAGCCAAAGUCCGUCAGGGUAUCACCCUUGUAAAUGAGUCGCACAUGCAAAUGGACGGACUUAGCUUGAUGGAGCUUAACGAAGUGCGGCCACUCAUGUCAAAGACAAUGGCUACACUACAAAAACUGCAUCAAUAG